AUGGAUGUUAACAAAGACGGGAUUCUAGAUAUUGAAGAGGUUAUGCAUUACCCUAAGAAACUCAUCAGCAACGGGAAGAAGGAACUAGGAGAAGAUCGGACAGUGGUCUAUAAUAAUGUUUGGGGCAGACUUUGUGACGUCAUCAACCUCACUGUGGAUGAUCAGUGGCUCACUGUACAUCAAGAGGUAAACAAGAAAACCUGGUUUGCGGAAACUGCAAUCCCGUCGGUUGCCAGGCUUUACUUCGAUAGCCUUGACAGCGAUCACGAUAGUACUAUCAGCUUAAAACAAUGGCGCGAGUACAAUAAAAACAGAGGGUUGGCGGACGAGAGCGUCAUCCAGUCCACAUUUCAUCGCUUGGACACGGACGGAGAUGGACGGAUCAGUCGAGAAGAGAUGAAACAUGCGAUUGUACAGUUCCAUUUCGGAGAAGAUCCUUCAGACGACUAUUCAUUCCUAUACGCUAUCCACUGA